UUCUGGGCAAUAGCUGCCAGUGAUGACCUCAUAAGGAGCAGGCCAAAGACUGAGGCCCACAGUUCUCCUGCCAUGCAGAAGAAUACCCCCCCUCCUUUCAUAAUCCAUUCUGUGUCUCCACUGUCCCUCUCUUUUUCUGUCCCCCUGCAAAAUUACUCCUUCAUAAUUAGCCAUUGUUCCUGCUCUUUUGGCGCGGCUCUCUGCGUUUUUUCAGGGGCCCCUUUUCUCUCCUCUCCCCCUUCUCUUCUCUCCUCCCCCUCUGUCCCCUAUAUACUCAUUGUGUAUCUCUAGGAACCUUGUGAUGCCUGGCAGCCCCAGUCCUACUUGUUUGGCACCCCCAGUCCUCUCCACAGCUCUCUGCACUGUGGACUGUGGGAGAUGUUACACUUUGUUAGUUCAAUCUGAACUCUUUGCUCUAAACUCUCAAGUGCAUAGAAGUUAUCUUUAUAAAUGACAGAAAGGACCCGGCCUGAAUGGCGCUUUGUUGACUGUUUUCCUAAAAGGGCCCCCCACUAUAUUUCAUCUGUCAGUCGCUUUUCUUUACCCCAACAAUGCUUGAUUGUUUCCAUGAAAACUUCAGGUUCCACAGACAGGAGAAUUCUGUAUUAUUAUGUUCCUGCCAAAUUCCGAUCUCUGUUUUCCUUCCCCUGCACUCACAAAGGGCUCAUAACUUACUGUCAACUGGGAGGGGAGCCACAAAGCUCCACUGUUGCUCAGCGAAUAGCCCAUGUUGGUUGAUGGCUUGACUGGCUGUAAAGUUUGCUUAACUGCAGCGGCAGUGACAGAAGGCACUUUGGGAACUGCAUCACCCAGAAGGCCCAGACCUCUACACGUUCAGAGAGCGAGAGAGAGCGGGGGAGUGUAAGAGAGAGAGAGACAGAGAAAGAGAGGGAAGGAAAAAACAAGUUGAUUUUCUUGCCUCUCAAUCUCUUUAGCGCCAGACUGCUUGCUGGACGAGAGAGUGGUAGUGCUGAGGUGGUGCAGUAGUUCUGGUGCUAUUCUUUAUUGUGGGUGCUGCUCCUAUGUGUGCUGCUCCUGGCUGUCCUCUAGUUCUGUCCUCUAGUUCUGUCCUCUACUUCUGUCCUCUAGUUCUGUCCUCUAGUUCUGUCCUCUACUUCUCCUUCUCGUGGAUGCCUUCUGAGACAGAGUACUGUGGAACAGAUGGGAAAAGUACUGCACUGGACGCUUGGCCUGUCAGCGUGUGUUCGUGAGUGUGUGUGAUUGUGCAUGUGAGUGUGUGUGUGUGAGAGAGAGAAAGAGAGAGAGAGUGUGUGUGUGUGAGUGAGAGAGUGUGUGUGUGUGUGUCUGUGUGAGAGAGAGAGAGUGUGUCUGUGUGAGAGAGAGAGAGUGUGUGUGUGUGUCUGUGUGAGAGAGAGAGAGUGUGUCUGUGUGAGAGAGAGAGUGUGUGUGUGUGUGUCUGUGUGAGAGAGAGAGUGUGUCUGUGUGAGAUAGAGAGAGUGUGUGUGUGUGUCUGUGUGAGAGAGAGAGUGUGUGUGUGUGUGUCUGUGUGAGAGAGAGUGUGUGUGUGUGUCUGUGUGAGAGAGAGUGUGUGUGUGUGUCUGUGUGAGAGAGAGUGUGUGUACCCCUCUGGCUCCUGGUGAACUGAGGAGGUGUUAUGCCAUCCAGCGCUGAAGUUGUCUCUCUUGGAUCGGGAGGAAGAGGGCCAGUGGCGGAGGGGGCCAUCGGUGGAGACGAGCGGCUCAGUUUCAGAAUAAUGUCUUCCAAGCAAGCCACCUCUCCGUUUGCCUCCGUCGCCGAUGGGGAGGAAGCCAUGAGUCAGGACCACCUGUCCUGGGAUAAGGAGGAGAGUGCGGAGGCCCACGGGACGCCCCAGCUGCCCCUGCACAGCCUGCUCCACAGCAAGGGCUCCAUGGACGAACUGCAGCCCCUCAGCAGUGUCCCUCCAGAGAGUGACUGGGACAGCAUGGUGUCAGCCCAGCAGCGCAUGGAAUCUGACAGCAGUAAAGUAUGUUCCCUGUACUCCUUCCGGAAUAACUCAACCUCCCCACACAAGCCAGAGGAGGGGGCCCGGGAGCGCGGCGACCUGCUGAGCGGAUCUGCGUUCGGAACGCCGGAGCGCCGCAAAGGAAGCCUGGCCGACGUGGUGGACACACUGAAGCAGAAGAAACUGGAAGAGAUGACAAAGACAGAGCAAGAUGAAUCCAGUUGCAUGGAAACACUUCUGUCAAAAGACUGGAAAGAGAAGAUGGACAGGCUCGACACUAGUGAUCUUCUGGGAGAAGUCAAAGGUACUCCAGAGAGCCUGGUAGAGAAGGAGCACCAGCUGAGCACCAUGAUCACUCAGCUGAUCAGCCUGAGAGAGCAGCUCCUGGCCGCUCACGAUGAGCAGAAGAAGCUGGCCGCCUCACAGAUGGAGAAACAGAGGCAGCAAAUGGAGCUGGCCCGCCAGCAGCAGGAACAGUAUUAUGAAGAAGGGUGUUCCAUGAUUGCCAGACAACAGCAGCAGCUUCUGCAGCAGCAACACAAAAUCAAUAUCCUUCAGCAGCAGAUUCAGCAGGUCCAGGGUCACAUGCCUCCGCUCAUGAUCCCUAUUUUUCCACACGACCAACGAACCCUGGCAGCAGCCGCCGCAGCCCAGCAGGGCUUUCUCUUCCCACCGGGAAUCUCUUACAAGCCAGGUGAUAACUACCCGGUGCAGUUCAUUCCAUCCACAAUGGCAGCUGCGACAGCGUCAGGACUCAGCCCCCUCCAGCUUCAGGUAUGUGCUACGACAAAGAAUGCUGCUCAGGACGCCUGCCAAGCCCAGGGCAGAAUAACGGCUAAGCAGCUGUAUGUUAAGUAAUGAGCUGCACACUAAAUAAUCCUGGAGGCCCUAGCUCCCACAAGCUUAUCACCUUACACAUGCAGUUUACCCUGUUUUAUAGAGGAUUUAACCCCAUAGCUCCACCAGAGAUGGGAGUUAGGAUGAUAAUAGUUAUUAGAGGGAAUGAAAAUCACUCCAGUUACCUUAAUCACCUCCUGUAGAAUCUAUCAGACAGAGACUAUUUACUGUAUUAGGAAAGUUAAAUACAGACCUCUGAUGUUCCUGCAUUACACUGUAUGACCGAAAGCUGUAUGUGUUGUGUGCAGACAGAGGGGUGUGCAGUCUAAAUGUAAUCGGGAGACCGGGAGAGAGCGAGAGAGCAGGAGAGCGAGAGAGAGC